UUCCUGGUUUUAUCGGAUUUAAGGUUGUCUACAGUACCGAAGAAUAAAUAACAGAGAAAAGAGUAGAGAGGAAACGUAGCAACUUGCCAUGGAAGCUCUUAUUGCUUCCACUUCUUUCUUCCUCCCCAUCUCCAACUCUUCCUCACACAUCAGAUUCUUCCCUUCAUCUUCUUGUCCCAACUUAAAGUUCGGGACUUUUCGGAAAACUUUGUCAUCAUCAUCACACCUCGUCUUCUCCUCCUCUUCUGCAAUUUCCGCACCUCCUUCUUCUACUGCUCCUACUCGAAACACAUAUUGGAUGGUGUUAUUGGAUAAACCUCCGCAAUGGGGUUCUUCCAAAUCCGAUAUCGUAGAUUAUUAUGUCGAGAUUCUUGCCAAAGUGUUGGGCAACGAAAAAGAUGCGCAGAUGAGUAUAUACGAUGCUUCCUUUGAUACCCAUUUCGGAUUUUGUUGUCAUAUCGACGAAGAUGCGUCACGCCUGCUCGUGAGUUUACCUGGAGUAGUAUCUGUUAGACCUGAAGCUGGUUAUAGUUCAGAGAAGAAGAAUUAUGGUAUUGGGAAUCAGAAAGUUGUUUCCUUGUUUGAUUAUGGGACAGUGAAACAUUGGAUGGUACGAAUAGAUAAGCCUGGAGUUGGUAUUGUUACUAAAGCGCAGAUGGUUGAUCAUUGUGUUCAGUUGCUAUCCAAGGUUUUGUGGAAUGAAAAGGAUGCACAGAUGUGUCUUUAUCAUGUUUCCUGGCAGUCUGAUUUCGGUUUUUGUUGUGAUCUCGAUGAGAAUAGUGCUGUGGAGUUGGCUGGUGUACCUGGUGUUCUUGCGGUUGUUCCUGAUAACAGUUUCGAGUCACUAAACAAAGACUAUGAAGGCGAUAGUACACAAGGUUUAGGAGAUCAAGAUGAUUCAGAGUCUCCUCCUGUUAAGACGAAGAAAUUGUUUAUAACUGGACUGUCUUUCUACACAUCUGAGAAGACAUUACGUGCAGCAUUUGAAGGGUUUGGUGAACUAGUGGAAGUCAAAAUAAUUAUGGACAAGAUAUCAAAGAGAUCAAAAGGCUAUGCCUUUCUAGAGUACACGACAGAGGAAGCUGCAAGCGCUGCACUGAAAGAGAUGAAUGGAAAGAUUAUUAACGGGUGGAUGAUAGUAGUAGACGUAGCCAAGACCAAACCAUUCAGGCAAACAAGAAGUCAACCGAGUUCCAGGUUCUAGAAACCAGUCUUAGGUGAUACGAGCAUGGGGAUUGGAGAUGCUUCAGGCCAAGAAAGAAAAGGCAUGUAGUGUCAUGUUUCACACUAGAUCGAGGCUUUAAGAGGGUGUAGAGUGCCCAGCUAUUCAAGAUAUAGACGUUUAGCCUCUACUCACAUUUUGGCUGUAGGAUUCGCACAUUCACUCAUCUUUUGUAGCUGCCAAAUUUAUCAGAAUUGGCUUUAUUUUAGCCAUUUAGGAACUUGAUAAAUAGUGCGAAGAACAAUAUUUGCUUAAAAAAAUUCUGAUGUUGUAUAUCUUGUGAGUUAUUAUGGUAAGAACUUGAAACAUUCUUUGUGUUUGGGCCUUGUGAGUUACACACAACAAGAUUAUGUCUUCCUCAACGUAUUUGGGAAGAUAGACCUUUUCCUGAGAUCUUCCUUGUAUAAAUUGCUUAUUAUGUUUAUGUGUAGUCAACAGGUUGUGAACAGGGAGACGGAAGGACAUCUUGCAUCUCUGCGAGUAAGCAUUCAAGAGACUAUUGUGAGCGUUGACUUUCAGAACUGUUUCAUCUUCAUCCUCUUCUGCCUCUUCUCAAUCGUCUGUUACACUCUCUUUUUCAAGAAACCAAAGGACUCACGAGGCUGUGAUCUGCCUCCGAGCCCACCGUCUCUUCCUAUAAUCGGUCAUCUUCACCUUCUCCUCUCUUCUCUAUCCCACAAGUCUUUACAGAAAAUCGCCUCCAAGUAUGGACCCCUCCUCCACCUCCGGGUCUUAACAUCCCCAUCAUCCUUGUUUCGUCAGCCUCAGUGGCCGACGAGAUCUUCAGGUCUCACGACGUGAACAUCUCAUCACGUGGUGCUGCUGCGAUAGAUGAGUCCCUCGUGUUUGGAUCUUCUGGCUUUGUCUACGCUCCCUAUGGUGAUUACUGGAAGUUCGGUGAAGUAGAUCAUCGUCACUAAGCUUCUCCGACCUCAGGUGUUGGAGCGGUCACGAGGAGUUCGUGCUGAAGAGCUACAACGGUUUUACAACAGAAUUCUCGAUAAGGCGAGGAAGAAUGAGGAUGUUGAGGUCGGUAAGGAAGCGACGAUGCUCAUGAACAACAUCUUGUGCAGGAUGAGCAUGGGAAGGAGUUUCUCAGAGGAGAAUGGUGAGGCAGAGAGAGUCAGAGGCUUGGUGGGUGAAUCAUAUGCCUUGGCCAAGAAGAUUUUCUUCGCAUCUGUACUGCGUAGACCGCUUAAGAAGCUCGGGAUCCCACUGUUUCAGAAGGAUAUAAUGGAUGUUUCCAACAAAUUCGAUGAGCUGCUAGAGAAGAUUCUUGUGGAACACAAAGAGAAACUGGACGAGGAGCAUAAAGAUACGGAUAUGAUGGAUGUGUUGUUGGCAGCUUAUGCAGAUGAAAACGCAGAGUAUAAGAUCACUAGGAAUCAUAUCAAGUCGUUUUUCGUGGAGCUUUUCGUGGGAGGCACUGAUACCUCAGUGCAAACAACACAAUGGACUAUGGCUGAGAUCAUUAACAACCCUGACGUUCUUGAGAGGCUGAGAGAAGAAAUUGAUUCUGUUGUAGGGACAUCAAGGUUGAUUCAAGAAACAGAUAUACCAAACCUUCCUUAUUUGCAAGCAGUGGUCAAGGAAGGACAAAGAUUGCACCCUCCAUUUCCUCUCCUGACGAGGAAGUUCCAAGAAAGGUGUGAGAUCAAAGGAUUCUACAUACUGGAGAACACAUUUCUUGUUAUCAAUGCUUAUGCUUGGAUGAGAGAUCCUGAUUCCUGGGAAGAACCUAAUGAGUUCAAGCCAGAUAGGUUUCUAGGUUCUUCAAGAUUAGGGCAAGAAGACGAGAGAGAGGACGCACAGAAGUACAUUCCUUUCGGCGGCGGAAGGAGAGGCUGUCCUGGAUCAAAUCUAGCUUCUAUUUUCAUAGGAACUGCGAUUGGAGUGAUGGUGCAAUGCUUUGACUGGGGAAACAAAGGAGAUAAGGUCGACAUGGAAGAAGCUUUUGAAGGACUGACGCUUACCAUGGCACAUCCGCUUAAGCGCCCUCCAGUUCCUCGAACCCUGCCCUUUUUGUAAACUUCUAGUUCCUGACACCCAACUCAGGAACCUGUAAGAAGAUUACUUUCUUCAUGUUUGUUGUAUUGAAAGUCUUAACAGUCAGAUCAAAGAAGGCUAAAAGCAUCAUCCUUCAUGAUUCUCUAGCUAUUUGAAAAUUCUGAAAAAAUUAACUUUGUAUUCCACAACUAUUGUAUCUUAACUGUCGUUCCAAAGCCUGCUAUGUGUUUAUCUAAUGCGAAAGAACCUUGUUGCA